AACAUCCAGAGAAGAAACGUCAAACAUAUUCCUAUCUUUUAAGACUCAAAGGCCGAAAUCUUAAGUGACUACAAAAUGAAGGACAAAAUCGUGAGGGUAAUGGCCACACCAUCCAUUUUGAACAAGACUAACCCCGAGAUAUUCACCACGAAACCAAGACCUGGAGGUCUUAUAGUUAGUCUGGACAACGACGGUGGGGACCAUCCUCUUUUCGAUGAAUUCGAUGUUGCGGUGGACCUUUACAAAACCACAUCGAGAGAAUACCGUCUCACUGCAGCCCUGGAGGAAAGCAACUGGUCGAUGGAAGACUCCGAGGGUCAGGAGGAGUCUGUAGCAGCCCCAGAUCCUCUGAGUGACUGCUUGGAUAUGCUUGCAGUUACCAUAAGUACGAUUAUGUUCCUUGCAGCUGACGCUUCGAGUGAGCUGACCAAGGAACAACUCAACUGGACUAUACAGUACUUGAAAUGUAUACAGGAUGAAUUCGGGAAUGUUCCUCCCAAUGUGAGGGGGAUACUGAACCACUUGAAACAUCUAUACAACAAUGAUUUGGACCAGUUCGCUGACAAGCCAGUAUGUGUUGACGAAUUUGGACGAGUCAUAGAUGACGCCGAGCUCGAUUUGAAUAAGACAGAGAGGACAACUACUAAAGUAACUCAUAAAUCCGAGGAAGAAGAAGGUGCACCUCCUGCAGAGGAGCAAUAGACUGUACAUUGACGAAAAAUAAAAAUCUUGUUUUGAAAGUUGA